AUGUCUGCCCGGUUGCGUCGCCCUCAGCCAGACAGGAGUCGUAUCAUCUCCUCGAUGGGCCUUCCUCCGCGCGAUCCGGUGCCCGAGCCAACCAGUCCGCUUCCUCGUCAGACUUUCACACGCUCGCGCAAAGAAAGCGAUGCUUCUGGCGCGAGAUACAGUAUCGACAGCCGGCGUCCUAUCGCUGACGAUUACGAUGACUACGACGACCGUCGCCGCAGCCGCUCUUCACGCCAGUACGCGUCCGACCCACGACAAGAUCCGCGUCGCAGAAACGAGUCUCUUACGACGUCUCGCUCUCGCCUCGAUCCAAAGCGCAGACCCGCGCUUCCCGAAUUCGACAACGACCGCCAGCGUCCAGACCUUGACGACUUCGACGAAGAGGAUGACCAAGACGAGCAAGAUGCACGCAUGGACCGUCGUCGCAGCGCCAAACCUUCCGGACGCAGAGAGACCGUCCGCGAUGCUCCGCGCUCCGAUCGUGGCGGUGCUGCGCCUGCGAACGGCCGUCCACGCCAGCAGAGCGACCCCAAUCGCCAACCGGAACCCUGGGAGGACUUCUCCAAUGCACAAUACGCUCCACGAAGCAGACCCACCCGCUCCGUCUCCAACGGCGAUCUGGACAACGACUAUCGUCGCACAUCGGGCGCCGCCCGUCGGUUCAAGGGAGACCCUCGUGAGGCUCGUCGAGACGAGCGCGACUGGUCUUCUGAACGCGAUCUGGAUCGGUCGCAGUCCAUGACUGGGCGUGGCGGCGGCAUGCUCAAAGGGAUGCUCAAUCGAGCCUCUGGUGGCAGCCGCAACACCUUCAACGCUCCUCGAAUGCAGCCGCCUUCAUCUCGUUUGAGUCGAUACAGCAAUCGUGCCCCCUCUCGCCGACGUGACGAUGACGAGAUGGAACUGGCGCGCAUCGAAGAGGACGAGAUGCUUCAAGCCAUGCAGAAGCGUCGCAGUGCAGCCAACGCUGCUGCCAAAGGCUACGACGAGUCCGAUCCGCGCUGGUACAGGGACGAUCGCAAACCACCCUCGGUCUCGUCGCGAUCCCGAGGCAAGGCUCAGCCUGUCGGUCUGGAGCGAAGCGAAAGCGCAGUUCGAAGAAGCAUGGACCGUGAGCGUCAGCGGACCCUCGAUGCGCUCGAACGCUCCGACCGCGGUCUUCCCAUGGUGUCCCGCACUGACGCCGUUGUUCGUUCCCGAACACAGGUCAAGUCAGCGUCCAAGUCGCGCCCCAAAGAUCCCGCACGCACCCGAUCCACCGGCGCUCCUCCGAAAUCAUCGCGCGAGGCUGCACUGGCUGCCAUUACCGGCGUCUCCGCCGGCGCGGUCGCGACAAGCGCAGUCAAGAAGCAGGAUCGCAAAUCCAGACCGGCGCCCGCGAACGAGGAGCUGAGCGACACCGACCUCUCCUCUGACGACGAGGCUCUGCUACAUGACGCCGUCGAGCCUGCCGAUGUCCACGAUGAUGAAGCGAUCCCGAUCAUCGUCUCUAAGUCCGCCAAGCCGACUCAGAUCGAAAACGAAGCGCGAGCUCCUGUUCCCCCUGCCGUCAAAAAGGUUGCCGAGUCCACCAGUGAUGACGACUCGGACCAAGACGAUUCCGACGACGAAAGCACCGAGCAGACGUCGGAGGGACUGGACGCCGUCGCUAAGCCUGCACCUGCCAUUGCGCAGGCUGCUGUUGCCCCAUCUCGAACUUCUACUUCCAAGCUCGUCGCUUCCAGCGACAACGGUCGCGCCGCGCCCAAAGGUUAUAUGAACUUUUCCCGCAAGGCCCCUGUUGUUGCUGCGACGGGUGCAGCUGCCCCGUCGUCUGCGAGGGCUCGAGCUGCGUCCGACUCGGACGACAGCAGCGAAGAGGAUGAAGAUGAUAAAGAAGAAGACAGGCGCGAGGUCGAGCCAACGUCCAAACGAUCUAGGGCGACUCCGGCUGCUGCCAUUGCUGCCUUGGCAGGCGGAGGCGCCGCCGUCGGCGCCGGUGCCGGAGCGUUGGCAGCCAAGCGCAGCGCUCAAGCUGACAAAGAGCAGCGCAGAGCUGCCAAAUUGCAGGCACAGCAAGAGCAGAAGGCUGCCGAGGCCGAGGCUCGCGCUGCCAAAGCCGAUCGCUCAGCUGAGAAACGCAGGGCCAAGCAAGAAGCCUCGGCUGCCGCAGCAGCCGCCGCUUUGGCGGCAAAGGAGGCUAAGCGCAACGAGAAGAUCAAGGAGCAAGAGGCUCGGCAGGCAGAGGCAGAGCGCAAGCGAGAGGAAGAGUCCCAAGCUCGCGAUCGCGCCAUCCGCGACAGAGAGGACGCCGAGGAGCGUCGCCUGCUCGCUGUGCGCGAAGACGAGCGCCAGCGUCAAGAGAAGUCCGAAGCGCGACGAGCGAGCCGUCGUCCAGCGCACGGCGCUGCUGGCCCCAAGAAGCGCAGCGGCGGCAUCGACUCUUUGACCGCUCAGCAACGCCACUACCUACUCAAGGCGCUCGUCAUGCUUCAGAUGCAGAGCGAGUGGGCCGAAGUCGAGAAACUUGGCGCGCUUACCGAGUACGGCUAUCCCUUCUCCAGCCAGCGAUCCAAGCUGACCCGAGUCAAGACGUUCGAGCGUGGCGAGGACGCUGGCGACUAUGCUGGCGCUGCUCGCGAUCCCUAUGCCAACGACGAUGCCAUGCGCGAAAUGGAGGACCUGCAAGAGCCGCUCAUCCUUCGCCAUCUCUUCCACGUCCACCUUCAUAGUUUUCCCGGCCUGGACCAGGCACCCGAAAAGUACUGGCAGAAACGUAUCCAGCCCUUCUUUGACGAGAUGGCCGCGCGAAACUUUUCGAGUUCGAUUGAACGAGGCGAGAUCUCGAAACGUCGACUGUACGCUCUGGCAGCAACGCGGUACCUCGGCAGCUUCGUCGCUCGAGGAUUCGGUGUCCGUGGCGAGGGUGAGACACGUGGUCCCGGCGUUGGGGAGCCAGGCACCGAGAAAUGGGGCGUAGGCAAGAACUGGGGCAAGGGCACCGUCAAGCGCGGCCUCGACCUCCCCGAGCGCAUCGAUGCCGACACCAUGAACGAAAUCGACGGCCUCUUUGACGGAGAAGCCGGUGAUCUGUGGCGAGCUGCCGGCAAAGAGUGGUCCACGGUUCGACGCGACUGGUCGGCGUUCAAGGAGAGCAUCAUCGAAAGCGAGACCGGUCUCGAGGAGGUCAUUUCGCACCUCGACAUUAACAGCAUCAAGAAUCUGCCGCCACAGUAUCGCAACUCGGUCGAGUUCGCUCGUAUCCACGCGGCGUACAUCUUCCACGCUCUGUUUGUCACAGCACCCAAUGCAGACGACCUGUUCAAGAUGGUCAAAGGAAUCCAUGCGCUGGCUCCGUACUGGGGAGCCAAGCAGCUCCUCAAGUAUGCCAACGCCGAGACCAUGAUCUCCGGUAUUCUCUCGCUACUGCUUGCACGACCCGGUGGAGCCAAGUCGCUUAUCCAACGCAUCUUUUCGUACGUCAUUGGCAAAGAGGCUUCAUACAUCCAGAAGGAAUUCGUGGUUCCUCUGCGCAAGGAGAUCAACGACCCCGAGCUCAGCAAGAAGGUCGAGGACUACGUUCGCCGAGGCGAUCGAGUCGAUGCCCGCAGAAUCCAGCGCGAGUCCAAGAAGCGCGGUGAGGACGUGCUGACCACCAUCUUGAUCUCGGCCAAGGGGAAACUGAGUGCAGAGGCAGAAGAUCACGUGCUCGAGCUUCAACGCUGCUUCGCCCUCUCUCCCUAUCGCGGCGAUCUCAACCUCGCGUACCCCGAGACGACGCCGGUCGGUGCCGAUCGACCGCCCAUGCCCGCAUGGGGAGCCAAGGGAUCCGAGAACACACGUGCGCGCAAGUUUGCUCUGCUCAAGCUGCUGCUGCGAGAGUGCCUCAAGCGCCGCGACCGAGAGCAGGCGGUGGAGAUCGCAAGCGGAAGUCUGAUCCCUGCCAUCAUCAAGGACUCGCUCGCCACCGUGUUCUACCCUGCCAUCCGUACGAUCGCCAAGAAUGCCAACCUCAGCGAGCGACUUGGCGACCUGCAAAAGUUCAUCGACGACAUGCUCGAGGUGCACAAGAGCGGCGACCGCAGCAUCGAAGGCUGGAUCGCCCUCGCAGCGCGUCACGAGCAAUCGCUCUACAUGCUGUUCCACGAAUGCUCUCCCAUCGCCAAGCCGCUGUGGGACUGGUGCCAGCUCGGUCUGGAUUACAUGGCGCUAUCCACCACGGAUCCUGCCCACCCGGCGGACCGUCGUAAGCCUAAUCUAGAAAUCAACUUCGAAGAACUUCUGCAGGAUGCGCGACUCAGCGAGUCGGACGUCAAGAAGAUCAUCGGCGAGGCUGACAAGUUGGCAAGGUACGCCAAGUGGACAAAGGUGCGCUACGAGCUGGAGGCGCGCCGAAACUACUUGCUUGGCAGACCCGAAGCCGGUCAUGCCGGCGGCGUUUCGGAGCUUGGCCUCAAGGACGAAAAGUUGCGACGCGAAUUCCAGGACAUUGACGGCAUGAUGGAGGACUUGAUGGCGGAUGCUGGCGAGACGCUUGACGACGGUAACUGCAAAGACGGCGUCCGCGGUACCGAAAAGUACGACUUCCCGUGGGCGUUCUUCGACGAGGUGGACCCGCUCAACCAACAUCUGGCUGGCGAGGAGGAGGCUGGCCCGUUGCGCGUGCCCAAGUUCGCAGUUGGCUACCCCCCGCCGAGUCUCAAGCACAUCCGUCGACUUCGGCCGCUUUUCUGCGAGCUCCUGGCUUCCAAGCUGCCGGAUUGGCAGUCGGAGGAUACGCUGGCUCCUCUCAGGUCGGACGUUCGUGGCAGCAAAGGCGGCGUCUUUGGCGGAAUGUCCAAAAAGAACAAAACGACCACCUUCAGCGACUCGGUGAGCGAAGGCCGAGCACCGGCGGCGUACCCAUCCGAGAACAAGAGCGUGCUCAGUGCUUCCUCUUCUCGCUUCAGAGGUCUCAAGAUGCCCAGCUUGUUCGGCCGCAAGUAA